AACAACGCGACACGUCAGAGGCACAAGCCGCUGUCAAACUUCUCCUCUCUUUGCUGUUUGGCUGGAAAUCGACGACGUUGACGCGUUUGCCGAAAUUUAUCGAGCUUUGCCAGGCGGUGGAACCGGAUUUUUUCCUUUCUCGGAACACGACAUCGUUUGCUCCGAUUCGGGAAGUACCUUUUGCGGUGAGCAAUUGAGUAGGAAAUUUAGUUGGCGGUACACAAAAAGCCGAAACUUUGCGUGCGAAAAUGGGCGUCUUUGAAUCUCUCGGCGUGGACGGAUUGCUCAGCGAUGUCCAGCGGAUGGACAAGCGGCAGUUUUUCUUCCAGGUACUGAGCUUCGGAAUGAUCGUCUCGUCGGCGCUGAUGAUCUGGAAGGGCCUGAUGGUGGUUACCGGCAGUGAGUCGCCGAUUGUGGUCGUCCUCAGUGGCAGCAUGGAACCGGCAUUCCAUCGUGGAGAUCUGCUGUUCCUGACGAAUCAGGAGGAACCGGUGCGCGUCGGUGAGAUCGUCGUGUUCAAGAUCGAGGGCCGCGACAUUCCGAUCGUCCACCGGGUCAUCAAGCUGCACGAAAAGUCCAACGGCACGGUCAAGUUCCUGACCAAGGGCGACAACAACUCGGUGGACGACCGGGGCCUGUACGCGCCCGGCCAGCUGUGGCUCACCAAGAAGGACAUCGUGGGCCGGGCCAGGGGCUUUCUGCCGUACGUCGGCAUGAUUACGAUCUACAUGAACGAGUAUCCGAACCUGAAGUACGGCAUUUUGGGCCUGCUGGCGCUGUACGUGCUGCUGCACCGGGAGUAGAUCUCAAAGAGGAAAAAUUCUUCUUUUUCUUUCUUUUUUUGUUGUUUUGGGAAAAUUUUGGAAAGAAAUCCAGUCAGAUUGAGGGAGGAAGGCAAAAAGCACACAAAAGAGACACUUACAAAGAGUAAAUAAUUUGAAACAGAAUGAGAGCGACAGCAGGGGAGAGCUACAAACGUGAAACUUACAUAAGAUAAGUGAAAUAAAUAAUAAAAAAAAGUUUUGUCCUUGAAAA